AUGGAGGCCAUUUGGCUGUACCAGUUCCGCCUGAUCGUCAUCGGAGACUCCACCGUGGGCAAAUCCUGCCUCAUUCGCCGCUUCACGGAGGGGCGCUUCGCCCAAGUCUCCGACCCCACCGUGGGCGUGGAUUUCUUCUCGCGCCUGGUGGAGAUCGAGCCGGGCAAGCGGAUCAAGCUGCAGAUCUGGGACACCGCCGGGCAGGAGCGGUUCAGAUCCAUCACGAGAGCCUACUACAGGAACUCAGUUGGUGGCCUCCUCCUCUUUGACAUUACAAACCGGAGAUCCUUCCAGAAUGUCCACGAAUGGUUAGAGGAGACCAAAGCACACGUCCAGCCCUACCAGAUUGUCUUCGUCUUGGUGGGCCACAAGUGCGACCUCGACACGCAACGGCAGGUCACCAGGCACGAGGCGGAGAAACUGGCCAUCGCCUAUGGCAUGAAGUACAUUGAAACCUCUGCCCGGGAUGCCAUUAACGUGGAGAAGGCCUUCACCGACCUGACUCGGGACAUAUACGAGCUGGUGAAAAGGGGGGAAAUUACCAUCCAGGAGGGCUGGGAGGGGGUCAAGAGCGGCUUUGUCCCCAACGUGGUGCAUUCUUCCGAAGAGGUGGUGAAAUCGGAUCGGAGGUGUCUGUGCUAAUGGCAGAGGCAAACGAGAAAUUACGCCACGCCGGACUAACCGAAACGUGUCCUGCUGCGUGAACUUGGUGCAACAGAAGAGAAAGCAGCAGGAGCACCUUGCUUUGGGUCUUGGAAGAACAGACUCUCCAGGGGGUGGUAACCCCCAUUAAGUAGGAAUGAACCCGGAUGCAUGCUUAUCUAGUAGGAGAUGGAGCAAUGUCAGACAAGAGAUCUGGUAGCAGGUAGCCCAUGUCAGGGAAUUAUAUAGACCCUGUUUUAAUUGCAUCUGUCAUUUAGAGUUUUGUGUUGAAGCCACGGUCCGGAUUGCAACUUGA